UUUGUGGAGGUCGGGUGUGACAUACGUCGCUGCGGGCUGGAUGUAUCCACUAUGUUUUAUUUAAUUAGAUAGCAUAUGUUUAGUGUUUCAUUUUGAAGAGGAGAAAAUUUUCGUUAGAGUGAGUCAUCAAAAUGUCAGCAGAAGGUAUUGAUAGUCGCUGAAAAUCGAGAAAAGUGUGACCCAGAUCGUUGGGUUGGUGAUGUGCAUACUUGCCCGCAGGGGACCAGAGGUGUGUGUUUUGUUUAUCGCAACUUAUAGAACACACAACACUAUAUCAUGGAUCCCUGGAAGACUAAAUCGAGGAUUAUAGCCUGCUUGUGUAUCCUCUCUACCUUGAUCACGCAGUGUGACGGGGCAGAUGUGGUAAUCCAGAUCCCGCCAGAGCGAGUACGUGACCAAGAUGGCUACUACCGCCUGGACUACUGGCCGCCCCAGGGUAACCCACCGCCCAAUUCCACCUUCACCCCCGCCCAGGUGUCUCAGGGGGUGGAGCUCACCAGGGCACUACCGGGCACCAAGUACGACUUCCAGCUGUACUACACCAACGGCUCCAUUACCGACUACCCCACCUGGACUGCUUCUAUCACCACAGUUCCACCACCACCUACCAACCUAACCAUCCAAGUACGGUCGGGGAAAAGCGCCUUGGUGAGCUGGGAUCCUCCAGUAAUCGGCGGGUACUCUGCCUUCAAGCUUAAAGUGAUCCCUCUCUCGGAAUCCCAAAACAGCAAUAGAAAUGUUGUUAUCUCAGCAGCUCAGUUACCCUUCAACCUCAGAGAACUUAACCCCGGGGCAUCCUAUGAGCUACAGCUAUACACCGUCUACGAGAAUAAGGAAAGCGCUGCCUACAUCUCCUCUAACUUCACUACACGUCCCAAUGCUCCAGGUCGCUUCAUCGUCUGGUACCGCAAUGAAACUACUAUGUUGGUACUGUGGCAGCCGCCCUACCCUGCCGGUAUAUACUCACACUACCGAGUGAGCAUUGAGCCGAGCGACGCGACCAACAGUGUCCAGCAGGUAUUGAAGGAACAGGAGCCUCCAGGACCCGCCCAAGCUGCCUUCCUUGACCUUGUCCCAGGUCGCGCCUACAACAUCACGGUAGAGACGGUAAGCCAGGAUGAGAUCUCGGUGCCCACGACCGCCCAGUACCGCACCAUCCCUCUCCCCCCACGCAACAUCACCUUCGACGCUAGGACUCUCACCUCCCACUCCUUGACCGUCCGCUGGGAGGCUCCUAAGGGCAAAGGGGAGUUUGACAGAUAUCACCUGAAUUUAGGGGUGAAGAAACAGUCCCCACUCAUCAUCAACGCUGACCAGCCGAGAGAGGCGACCUUUGAUACCAACCUAGAGCCAGGCCGCACCUACAACGUCCACAUCAAGACAGUGUCGGGGAACGUAGCCUCCUGGCCCACCAAUGGCAAUGUUACCACGAGGCCGCUGAGGGUGCUGGAUUUGAAGGCAGAAGAAGAAGAUUCAUCCUUAGUGAAGGUGUCGUGGAAGCCUGACCCGGACUCUUCCCAGGACAGUUACAAGGUGGUGUAUCAAGAGGUGGAGACAUACAACGGCGAUUCCCGCACCAACCUGGUCACCGAGACGACUACUGUUGAGGAGCUGGACCCAGGAAGGAACUACUCCAUAUCAGUUGCUGCCGUCUCUAACCACGUGGAGAGUGACCCGGCCUCACGGAUAUAUAUUGCCAUUGAGCCAGCAUCACCCAUCAUAGAGGAGCUACAGCCAAUACCUCGUGGACUGAACAUCUCGUGGAAGAGCGACGUGAACUCCAGGCAGGAAAAAUAUGCCGUGAUCUAUAUUAGAAAUGAUACUGGUGUAGAAGUGACUCGCAAGACAGCCGAUGCCCACGUACUGCUGGAGGACUUGUUCCCGGGUGCCGGCUACGAGAUAAAAGUGUAUGCCAUUUCUCACGGUCUCUGGAGUGAGCCUCAUGUGUACUUCCAGGCAGUGUACCCAAACUCUAUACGGAACCUGACGAUUAUUGACACCACCAACACCUCUGUGAGCCUGGCGUGGCGAGUGCCCAUUGAGUCCCUCUUCACUCAUUAUAUUGUGAGGUAUCGAACUGUUGAGACGUCUAAUUGGUUAGAGUUACCAGCCAUUAACACGACCUCAGCAGUGGUGGACAACUUACAGCCGGGAGAGAGGUACAUAAUCCAGGUUCGCUCCGUCUCUCACCGCGUGGAGAGUUUUACCCCGCAGGAAGUGGAACAAACUGUCCCUCCUAACCCUGUGAGGGGGAUUGAACAUUAUCUAGACUCCCAGAAUAUCACCUUUGAGUGGCCACGACCAGAGGGAAGGAUUGAUAUGUACACUAUUGUUUGGUGGAAUGAUCGCACACCAGAUAGAAAGAAAUUAAAAGAAAUACCUGGUAAUCAAGCAACAGAAGGUAUCAAUCGUAAACUGACAGUUCUUAUUGGAGAGCUGAUGCCCGGAGAACUAUACAACUUCCAGAUUUACACCACAGCCCACGGGUUCAACAGUGAGAAUGUGUCCAUCUCCAGUAGGACAAGACCUGUAAUUACUUCGGAUAUGACGAUUGUCAAUCAGUUAGAAACGCCGUCCUUCACACUGCGCUACACACUAACUCCGGCAGAUGUGGCGACCUUUGACACUUACAGGUUCAUGUUGUCUGAUCCAGCUAUACCCGUAAAGGAGAAAGUGGCUACUGAUGAUGACAGGAAGAUUGUUUUUAAAGACCUGGUGCCAGGCCGACUGUAUAACAUCACAGCCUGGACUGUGUCGGGAGGUGUGACAAGUCAGCCACUUGUACGCCAGGACCGCCUCUACCCGGAGCCGGUCUCAAACAUCACAGCCACUUAUAUAUCUGACACUGAUAUUACCCUCACCUGGACUAAGCCAAAGGGAGACUAUAGUUCAUUUGAGGUACAGUACCUGAUUGGAGAUGAACUGAUCACUAACCGCACCACCGACGACUCCAUGACCUCCAUCACCAUCACGCGCCUUCGUCCCCAUCGCAACUACACGUUUACCGUCCUCACACUUGCUGGCAGCCUGGACCGCAUCAUUGAGAGACGGUCCAAGCCGGUAUCAGCCACAUUCUCCACUAGAGAAAGCACACCUGGAAAGGUGGCCCAGUUUGCCGCAAAAGAAGUGAAGCCUAACAAGAUUACCUUUAGGUGGUCAUUACCUCCAGAUGAACAAAAUGGCAUUCUCUUAGGUUUCAACAUCAAAUAUGGAAUAAAGGGAUCCCCAAAGACUAAAGAUAUUCACUUUGCUCCAGAUGAACUUGAGGGAACUCUUACAGGACUUUCCCCUGGACAAACAUAUGCUUUUGAAAUACAAGCAAGAACUAAAAUUGGUUCAGGUCGUGUCAAGUACUUGGAGCAGGUGAUGCCAAUUUUGGCCCCACCAGAACCCAGCCAUCAAGUUUUCCCCACCGAGGUUUCUCGCACGUCUUCCACCAUUCGUAUCCGAUAUCGUAAAAAUUACUUUUCCAAUGAAAAUGGACCAGUUAUUGGAUAUACCAUUAUUGUAGCUGAGGAUGACUCAAAGAUUUCUAGAGGGAUAGAGAUGCCAGCUUGGCAAGAUGUACAGAACUAUAAAAUUUGGCCGCCUUAUCAGGUAUCUCAACCAUACUACCCCUUCAACAUCACAUCUGUUGAAGAUUUUGAUAUUGGCACUGAAAAGGAUUGCACGAAACGUACUGACUUCUGUAAUGGGGAACUCAAACCAGGAACCACGUAUAAAGUCAAGAUUCGUGCUUAUACAUCCAGGGACAAGUUUGCUGAUACUUACUUCAGCCAUCCCAUAACUACUGAAACUGUCAGGUCCAAUGUGGUGUUGGCGGUGGCUGUCCCUGUGCUUGUCAUUGUGCUGGUGGUGGUGGUGGUGAUGAUCAUGAGGCAUCGCAGAGUGUGUCUCUUCCCCAAGAAGGCAAUGGACACAAGUAGAAAAGAUGGUGACUUGCACUCCCUUCCUGAAUCUCUCAUUGAAACAAGUCGACCAGUCAAACUGAAGGACUUUGCAGCACAUUAUAGGUUUAUGGCUGCUGACUCAGAAUAUCACUUUUCUGAAGAGUAUGAAGCACUCAAGCAUGUUGGGCACGACCUCCAGCGGAAUGCUGCUGAUGUACCUGUCAACCGACCUAAAAAUCGAUUUACUAAUAUUCUUCCAUAUGACCAUUCUCGCUUCAAGCUGCAGCCCACUGAUGAUGAAGAAGGCACUGAUUAUAUCAAUGCAAAUUAUGUACCAGGAUAUAAUUCACCAAGAGAAUUCAUAGUGACACAGGGACCUUUACCAUCAACGCGAGAUGACUUCUGGAGAAUGUGCUGGGAGAGCAACUCACGAGCUAUAGUCAUGCUUACACGAUGCAUUGAAAAGGGUCGUGAAAAGUGUGACCACUAUUGGCCCUAUGAUACUCAGCCCGUGUAUUAUGGAGACAUUCAGGUGACCAUCCUCAAUGAGAGUCAGUUUCCGGACUGGAAUAUAUCAGAGCUUAGAGUGUGCAAGGGAGACAUAUGUCGAGUUGUCCGACACUUCCACUUCACUACCUGGCCAGAUUUUGGUGUUCCUGAGCCGCCUCAAACACUUGUUAGAUUUGUACGAUCAUUUAGGGAGCGAGUCGGCCCUGACCAGAAGCCCAUUGUUGUUCACUGCAGUGCUGGUGUUGGCCGGUCGGGGACUUUCAUUGCCUUGGACCGCAUUCUGUUCAGCCUCCGCACCUGUGACUACGUGGAUAUAUUUGGUAUUGUGUAUGAAAUGCGUCGUGAGCGAGUAUGGAUGGUACAAACAGAGCAGCAGUAUAUAUGUAUACAUCAGUGUCUUCUGGCUGUGUUGGAGGGAAGAGAAAAUGAACAUUCUGUGACUGAAAUCCACGACAACCAAGGAUUUGACGGGGUGAAUAGAAUGGUGAUGUCUGGAGUUGCCUCAAAGAAAAGAUGAUAUUCUUUCCUUCUGCUGCUGCCAUACCUGGAUGAUGAGGGAAUAGCAGAGUCGGGCAUGUGACAGGAGGCCUAUGGGCUGCAACCAUUACCAACCUAUGUAAAUUUAGAUUUAAAAUGACUACCACAGUCUAGUUGCUAAGUAGCUCCUAUGGAAAGUGAUGUUUAAACUAACUUAUGAACUCCCAAUUAGAACCUGUAGAAAUUGACACCUGGCAUCCUGGGUUACGUGCCCUAGAGAGUAGUAGGAUCUGGUAAUACUUAACAAUGAUGGUUGUGUGUUAGUGAUUAAUCUAGUGCGAAAAUAUAUGGAAAGAGAAAUUUACAAAUGUAAAUACUCAACUUUACCAGUAGAUUUGACAACCUGUACUGUAUAGUACUAUAGACAGAUACAUGCAGUGUUAAUAUUUAAUCUCUACUGGUGCAUGAAGGAAAUUUUACCAGAGAUAUAAUUUCUAGGAAAUAACUCUACCUCUUUAAACAUUGAAAUAUUAUAGUGAUGACUGAUGCCACAGUUGUUGAGCACUUGUGGUGAGACGGGUGCAUCACUGUAUGGGUACAGUACUUACGUGAGGUGGUCACUUCAGCAUCACCUGUGCAGUAAAGUUGCAUCUGAUGCUAAAAGACAAUAUAUGAUAAAAUUACUGACUUGGUAAUCAUGGAAAUAACAUGUACCUCGUGCCAUUUUGUCUCAGAGUUUGUCCGAGUGUUUAUAUGACAACUCACAAAGACUUAAAAGGAGAAACGUGAAUCCGUCCUUAUGUAUUUGUAGUAAUAUUUUAUUUUGUAUUUUUUCCCUUCAUAUUAUAGUUAUUUUUUAUAUAUACUUAUAUAAUUUUGUCUAUUUUGUAUUUUAUCUAGCUUAUGGUGUUCUACAUAGGUUGUUAUAGAGACACAUUUAAUCUAAAAUAUACUGACGUGUGUUACAAGAGAUUGUUGAUAAUUCUCUUGUAUUUUUAGCUGCUGUCUCUUGCAGGUCUACCUGGGGUAUAUUAUUCCAAGAAGCCAUAAGUUGAUGAGUAAAUUAUGGGUCACUGUUAUGUGAUUAAAUUAAGAAGUACUGUACCUACAAGUACUGUACACUUCCAAGCAUCUAAGAAAUAAGUUGAUCAAAGGACUGCCAUCAUCCCUUUAUUUCUUUUUACACAUGUUCUGUUUUCUUACACUCAACAGUUGAUGACUCAUCCACUUAAAUAAUAACUAAAUCAACAUGGUAAAUCAUUUAACUAUUGUUGUGAUCAAUUCUUCCAGCUUCAUUAAUACAUGUUGAGUCUUUGUACAUGUUGUCUCAGACCUUUCCUGAAACCUUCUACACUUGUCCUGGAUAAUUCUCUUUAGUUAUUUUCCCCUUUUCUUAGAUGUUUUUGUAUCCCUUGAUUUAUCUUCAUACAGAGGAAGAUGUCUGAAGAUAAUGGAUGAAAUAGAAUAAUCAAAGAUGUGAAAUAAACAAAUAUUUAUUUUGGCUUGGUGCUCAAAAUUCUGGGAAUGAUGACAACUACCGAUAAUAUCUGUUUUAUGAUUCUUUAAAUUUCAUUCAGUAGUGAUUGAAUAUCUUCGCUGAAAUGCAAUUAAACAAUUUAGUAAAUGUCAUGACAACAUAUUUUGAGUGACAUAAUUUAUACAGUGUGUCUCCAUACCGUAAGUUGGCAGCCCAUGUAAUCAUACCCAUAAUUGUAUGUAUUUUUAACUGGUGAAAAUUUUAAUGAUAAUCUCAUGUGUUGGUGUAAGUCCUGGCUGGUGGCACAACUGCACGUGAGAUGUUGAUUUUUUUUGUGUGUAUGGGGGGUGGGGAGGGGGUAAUUUCAUAUAUCAGUAUCUAGUCCUUAUGAGAAAUGGUAAAUGAAUGGGACCAUGGUUGAACGACCCUCUUUAGUUGUGCUGUACUCUUGCCAACAAAGGUCCUAUCGUCCUAUCACCUCACUUGCCUCUUCUUGAACCUAGAGUUUCAGAGACCUCACAGGUUUCUGAAUCUCUAGGUUCAUGAAGAGGCAGGUGAGGCAACAUUACUCUUGUGGGUGAGUGUACAUUAUUUAUAGAAGUAUACGUACUUAUUUUGUACAUGAGUUUAAUACAAUGGGUUGACUAUUGUAUUUAUAACUGGAACUGUAAUUAUUAUUAUUAUUAUUAUUUUAGAAUUGACUACACAGUAUGUAUGUAUGUACUUUAUAAGGCCCUUGAGUGAGGACAAUGGAAUCUGAUAGAAUCACUCAUUAAACCACAAUUUCACUUGAGAUCAAAGGUUCCCAGUAUAGUGGAGAGUUACUGGCCACAGCAACACAAACUGCAUGCAAGGCGAAAUAGGCAGAGGAUGAUGCCAACCUAGAAAAGCUGUCAUUUUAUUUUCUCUAGAACAGAAGGUUGAACUAAUCAACCAUUUAAAUUUUCAUGACAGAGCAGAGUAAAUAUCACUGCUGAGGCUUGUAGAGGGAUGUGUAGUGUUUCUGGGUGUUGUACAAGUGUAGGAUAAUAAUUUAUGACCUUUAAAAUCCCUUAUUUCUUUAUAAGAAAAAUUUAUUUUUGGGAAUAUACAAGAAUGUCUUUGGAGCACACACACACACACACACACACACACACCUGUUUAAGAAGUUAACUUUGCCUAAGAAUAAUUUAGCAGAGAACAUGAGCCUGCAGCACUUAAUUGUGUUCUCUCUCAGGGGCCUACUGUAUACAGUAUUCACUUGAAUUCAGAGGACACAUGAUUCAUAUAAUAUGAGGCAUCCAGUGUAGCACGGACUAACUUGUCACCCCUUCGAAAAUCUCUUUUCUAUCUUGCUAAAAUUUCCCAGGCUUUAUCUUUUGAUCAGACCAUUGAAAUAUAAGGUAGUGUGUUCCACGUAAUGUGGUUAGAAAAGUGCCAGUCUGUAGUGAAGUUGUAAAACUUUAGGUCGUUUACUCAAAAUUAUGUUUUCGUUAGUUUGUCUGUGAUGCACUAGAUGCCUUAUAUGCAGGUAAUUUCUAGGGAACAUGAAAAGAUCUGAGUACUUUCAUGAUUUUUCACAUCUUUGGGGAGUACAGUACAGUCAUGUGCUCCCUAAAGAUGUGAAUAAUCAUGAGAACAAUUGGAUAUUUUUGUUUAUGGUUCCUAGUGGUUACCAGCCUUGAACAUGUACUGUAUAUACUAUAUGGUACAGUAUACUGUCGUCAAAAUACCAUCUAUGUAUCUAAGACUGAUCAAUGUCUGGAUUGUUGACUGUUGUUGUAGGAGGCAAUAGUUCUCAAGAUUUUACUUUUGAAUAUUCUCAUCUUUUAAUGUAAAAUGUCAUAUAAAAUUCGUAGCAUAUAUUAUGCUUUAAACUGUGUAACAUUUUUCAUACUAAGUGUCAGAUUACAAUGUAUAGAACUGAUUAUCUUUGCUUUUUUCUCUGAUUUUGCAAAUGCUUUCCUACCUUGCACCAAUGUUAAUUUUUGUAUAGUUAUAAACAUCUGUCUGUGGACAUGUAAUAAAAGUAACAAAAUUAAAGUUUAGAAUCCUUGUAAAUUUAUUUAAUAAUGCAAUUAACAGGUUUGCAUCAGCUUACCUCAUAAGUUCGCUCAAUGGAAAAAGGUUAAACCUAAGUUUUAUAUUUUUCAUAUAAUCUUAAAGUGAAGUGUUCUGUGUUGCUAAAAUGUGUGUUGUAUAUAUAGUUGUAUUUUUAUACACAAUAUUAAUGUAAAUAUUUUUGUGUACAGUAAAUUGUCUGGAUGAAAGAUGAGACAUUUAUAUUGACUAUGAAUGACUUCCUGAACCUCACUGAUAUAAAGUUGUAUUUCUUGACAAUUCAUUAAAAUCAGAUGAAAUUUAAAAAACUUUGAAAAGAAUCUGCUUCAUUGAAUGAUGCUGAUGAUUGACUUAAAAUAAACAUAAUGGUUUAUUUUACAUAAGAAGAGCUAAUACUACUGUAUUUGAUAAAAUUACUAGUACAGUAUUUCAGUAAACUGUAGAUGCUGAUGCAGUACAGUAUAUAGGAAAAAAAUAUAAUUUCUGAUCCUUGACAGGGAAAUCUUGCUGCCUCUGUCUCACAUUGUGUAUUGUUUUUAACUAGUUUAACUUAUUUUUCAUUCUGAUUACUGAAAGUUAUGUUUACAAGAAAUUAAAUGAAUUUGGGUGUUUUUAUGGUAUAUUUUAUAUAUGACUCAUUGUAUAAUAGUAUAUACUGUACUGUAUUAUCGACUUCACAAAGCCUGUCCAUUAUCUCUUUGUUUAACUCUGGGUAACCUAAAGUUGAACAUAUACUCACAUGUAUAUAAGAUCAUAUUUAUAGAUCUUGUUAACAAUGAAAAUGUUACUGAGAA